UUUGUAGAAGAGGAGGAAGGAGUCCGAAAAAUCCAACCAACAGAGCCCCAAAUGUGUUCAUUCGGACGCCCAUGACUGCGAUCUGUUUCGAAUUCCAACCCUAACAAUAAAUUCUCUCGGGAGAGGAAGAACCGCAACUGCCUCGUUAAUGCCUCGACACAAGGAAAUUGUAGCAAAACAAGCAAAAAAACAGGGGUCGUUUGCUUGAAGAAAUCGCUCAAAUUCGUCUUCUUCUUCUUCUUCUUGUUCUCUGGUUUUUGCUGCGACUUCUUUGGCUUGCAUGCCGGUUCUUUCUUCUGUUUGAGCCAUGGCGGCUAAGAAACUCUGUGAGACCUUCUCCAAGAGCCUGAUCGACGAGGUUCAGAAAUGGGGUUGCAUGAAACAGACUGGGGUUAGCUUGAGAUACAUGAUGGAGUUUGGUUUGAAGCCUACUCCCAAGAAUUUGCUUAUUUCUGCUCAGUUUCUUCACAAGGAGCUUCCAAUUCGGAUUGCUAGAAGAGCUAUUGAACUCGAGAAUCUUCCUUAUGGCCUCUCUGUUAAACCUGCUGUUUUGAAGGUUCGUGACUGGUAUUUGGAUUCUUUCCGUGACCUUCGGGCCUUCCCCGAGAUAAAGAACCCAGAUGAUGAAAAGGAGUUUACACAAAUGAUAAAGGCAAUUAAGGUGAGACACAACAACGUGGUUCCGAUGAUGGCUUUAGGCGUUCAACAGCUGAAGAAGAGCAUUGCUCUAGAUAAUAUUGGUUAUCAAGAUCUUCAUGAGAUUCAUCAGUUUUUGGAUCGCUUCUACAUGUCGAGAAUUGGGAUUCGUAUGCUCAUUGGGCAGCAUGUCGAAUUACACAACCCCAAUCCCCCUCCUGACUGUGUAGGAUAUAUACACACAAAAAUGUCCCCUGUGAAGGUCGCGGAGAGCGCCAGUGAGGAUGCUCGUGCUAUCUGUUUGCGUGAGUAUGGCAGUGCCCCUAAUAUCAAAAUCUAUGGAGAUCCAAGUUUUACAUUUCCUUAUGUUCCAACGCAUUUGCAACUUAUGGUCUUUGAGUUGGUUAAGAACUCGUUACGUGCCGUGCAAGAGCGUUUUAUGGAUUCUGAUAAAGUUGCUCCUCCAGUUAAAAUUAUAGUUGCUGAUGGAAUUGAGGAUGUCACUAUUAAGGUAUCCGACGAGGGCGGUGGCAUACCUCGAAGCGGGCUUCCCAGAAUUUUCACCUACCUCUACACCACAGCAAAAAACCCUCUGGACGAACAUCCCGAUCUGGGAACAGCAGACUUGGUGACAAUGGCUGGAUAUGGUUAUGGCCUUCCUAUAAGUCGUCUGUAUGCCCGUUAUUUUGGCGGGGAUCUGCAAGUGAUUUCCAUGGAAGGAUAUGGAACAGAUGCAUAUCUACACCUAUCUCGUCUGGGGGAUUCACAAGAGCCACUGCCAUGAGCAAAAGGAAGAAGAAGAAUCCCAUGGAAGAAGAUUUGGUAUUGAAAUUGAUCCAAUUGUAAUAACUUGGAAUUUAGUAAAAGCGCAUUCCUUUACCUUUCCCUUUAAUCUUUGCCUUUGUCUUUGCCUUUGUAUAUUCUGCCUUUUGCUUUAUGCAAAAAUGCAUUUUCUCAUUACCAUACCAUUUA